AUGUCGGAUUCGAAAGUGAGCAAGAAGCUGUUGAUCGACACGAAGGGCAAGCGAGUCCUGUUCGCGGAGGCCGGCAAGGACUGCGUCGACUUCCUCUUCCACAUUCUAACGCUGCCCGUCGCCACCAUCAUCACCCUCCUCAAAACGCAAGGAAUGGUGGGAUCUUUGCCCAACCUUUUCCAAAGCUUAGAAACGCUCAACGACACCUUCAUCCAGCCUAACCAGAAAAAGGACACCUAUCUGAAACCAAUUUCGCCGGUCUCCAGUUCCUCCUCGGUCCCGCUUCUGGCCUCCACUGCUGCUCAGAUUCAGAAGAAUUUUUAUAGGUGCACUUGCAAUUAUAAUCGUGUUUCUGAUGACCCACGCGCCACUUGUCCUUCGUGCCACCGGGCUCUGAGCACGACUGUGACCUAUGUGGCUCCUCCUGCGGUGGUAGAGGCGUGGGAAGACGGCGGUUUGGUGAAGGGGGUGGUGACUUAUAUGGUGAUGGAUGAUUUGGAGAUUAAACCCAUGUCUACUAUCUCCAGCAUCACUAUGCUCAAUAAGUUUAAUGUGAAGGACGUCGGAGCUUUGGAAGAGAAGGUUGUCUAUUUGGGGAUGGAUGAGGCUGUGAAGUUGCUCAAGACUUCUCUGCAGAGCAACAAGGUUUUGACUGAUGUCUUCUUGUAG